CAACAAAGAGAUCGUGGGUGGGUUUUCUUCUCCAACGAAACUCUAUCCCCUCUCUUCUUCUCUCCGCUCCGCGUGUCCACUCCUCUCCCAAUCUGUGUUGGCUGCCAUCCUAUGCACCUACCUACACCUCCCUGCCGACCAACAACCCUGAGCAGGCGAGCUCCCCCACGGCCGCUGAGGGCCACGCGGCGACGCCUCGUGCCCGGUGGCCGUGCACUGCAGCGCUAGUGCGGUUUUGCCUCCCCAGCGCCUACGUCUACACCGCGCCGCGCACCCCACGGCCCUGCCGCCAUGCUCCUGCAUCUCCGCCUCCCUUCCUAGUUCCUACAUGUUUCACUACUUAGCUGUGUUGCCAAAUCACACUCGGGCCUAAUUCCAUUUCAGCACUAUACUACAUUACUAAUUUGAUAUAUAUGUUCUGUAUGCAGGUUUUGGAUCAGAUGCAGUGAUGAAUCCUAGGUGACAGAGCCUAUUAGGCUAGAACAGACCAAUAUGGCAAGGAGUAGAAGGCGGUGCAUUGUUCAAAGCCAUGAGGAAUAUUUGUCAGAGGAACACAUUGCAGAAGAAAAUGCCCCUAAACAGCUUGCCACACCAUCUGAACAAGAAACAAUAUGUAGUGAUGUUCAAGAGGGUAAUGAAGAUACUAAUGACGAUGUUGGAGAAGCCAAUGAAGAUACUGAUGACGAUGCUAGUAUGAAUGCUGGAGAAGGCAAUGAAGAAUCUGAUGAUGAUGUUGAAAUUAAUGUUCGAGAUGAAAAUGGAACAAUUGAAACACGUGGGAAGACAAAACUGAAAGAUAUUUGGAACCUUCCGAAAAGGCUUAGGAUUGUGGUUCAGUGCAAUGAUCUCAACCAGGCAGUAGGAGAUGAAGCUGGAAUUUUGUCUAAAUUUCUUGGAAUGGUAGCUAGGAAUGGUACUUUGUGUAGCUUAAGCUACACAGACUGGAGAUUUCUAAUAGGAAAGAGAGAGAGAAAAACAAAAUCCCUAGAUGAGUUUCUUUGUUGGUAUCCAGAUGAGAUUCCUUUAUGCUCCUCGGAUGGAAGAAUUCAUAUUAAAAACAAUUAGAGAGAGAUGGAGGGGACAUAAAGCAAAACUAAAAGAAAAGUAUUUUGAUGUGAAUAAGAGCAAAGAAGCUAAUUGCAACAAUGUCCCAGCUGAUGUGCUUCCUGACCAGUGGAUUGCUCUUAUCAAUCAUUGGAUGAGCGAGAAAUCGAAGAAAAUAAGCAAGCAGAACAAGGAAAAUUGUCGAAAGAAGAAGGCAUUACACACAGCAGGGACAAAUAGUUUUGCUCGUACAAGAGAAGAGAUGAGACAAAAAGAUCCUGCAAAGAAUCCUCACAGAGCUAUUGUGUACAUCCAAACACACAAGCGCAAAACUGGCAAGAAUCUAAAUGGGCAUGUGGAUAAUUUGAAGAAACUUGUAGUUGAACAACCAGCUUUAGCAGACACUAGUGAAGGAAGGACUGCUUGGAAAGGAGAUGCAUUGAACCAAAUACUUGGAGAUGACAAGCCUGGGCAUGUGCAUGGUCUUGGACUAGUUCCAAAGCCUAAACAAGUUCUCGAUGUGCCAAAUUCCUGACGCUUAAAGAAUAUAAAUGUUACUAGACUGGAUGAUAACUGGAGUGAAGAUGUUGUGGCUGCUAGACUGCAGUUGGAAAAGAUCGAAAAUCAUGUCCAGAAUCAUGAUGCUGAGCUUUUGGAAUUGAAAGCGAAGACAAACAAGUUGGAAAAAGAACAAAUGAAUCAGGGAGGUUUAGAUCGAGUAUCUACAAACAAAGAAGCUAGUGUUGAUGGCCCUAUUUCGAAAAGGAGGAGAGUGUAUUCUGACCAUCCCUUGCAAGAAAUUUGUAUUGCUGAGGAGGAAAACGAUAUGGUUCAGGAGGAAAACAAUAUGAUGAAUAUACAGAGCCAUGUUCCAAAUGAGGAUUUGCAACCAAAAACCAAGCAAUGUGUUGAAGACAAGAACAAACAAAAUUGGGAACAACAUGACUAUGGGAAACAAAGGAAGGUUAUUUCUGCACAGAAAAAAAAAACUAACAAGGAAAACCAUGUGAUGAAUGCACGAAAAGUUGUUGAAGCAUCCAAGAAUAAAGAAAGAGAAAAAAAAUGCUCAGAGCCAUGUUAGACUAGGCCAAAACCAACCAACUGCUGCUCCUAAGAAAAGACAGUGCAGCACAACAAACUUUAUCGCUGACAAUUCAAUGGAGAGAGUGUGUGUUAACGGUCCCUUGCAAGAAAAUUCUAUGGUUGAGCAUCAAAACAAUAUGAUUGAGCAUGAAAACAAUGCUAUAGACACAAAUAUCCAUGUUCAGAACAAGGUUUUGCAACUACCAACCAAGCAAUCUACUAUAUAUAAGAGCAAUCAAACUUAUGGCCAAAAUCACCUUGAGAAACAGAGGAAGAUUAUUUGUGUGAAGAAUAAAGGAAACAUGAACCAGAAUGAUCACAUGCAACAAGGGAAGAAUAAUUCUAAUGCUUAUAAGAAACAACAGUGCAACAUAGUGAACAUUAUGGAUGCCAAUUCAUUGGAGAUUGGAACUAAUGUAUUCUUGAAAAGCUGGAAAAAUCGAAAUAAGAAUGUGGCUGUUGCUUCAAUUGUAAGCUGUGAUCCAACACGCAAAGUUGCAGGUGUUGAGCUAGGAACUGAAUACUUGAUGGUGCAUGUUCAUUUUCCAUUGGCAAAAUAUGAAGAAUUGAUCAGGCCAUACAAAGGCUACAAAAUUAUUAGCAAUGUCGUAAAACUUGAUAUUGCGUGGCCAGCAAUUUUUGUUGACAAGAUAAAUGGAUCAUGAUCUGGGGCAAUAUGGUUACUGCAAGGUGGACAACUGUCAUCUAAAGAUCCCUUGUGAAUAUGAUGAUGACUGUAAUAUGGAAGAUGGUGGCAAUGAUAGUGGCAACUUCAGAUGCAUGUUUUUUUUUCUAUAGUUUAGUUUACAUUUGUGCAUGAUGUUCUGAACAAAAUUUAAUGUCAUGACUUAUGAGGAUGAUUUUCCAUGUAAUACAAAAAAUUCUCUUUAAUUACAAUUAGUUUUAUGAAUGACUUGGUUUUUCU